AUGACAUCUGGUGUCCCCAUCUGGGUGUGUGGGCGUGUGUGUAACUGUGUGUAUGUUUUUGUUCCGUAUGUGUAUGAAUCCCCACUGACACUGUGUGUGUGUCUGUGUGUGUGUUUGCAGGUUUGACUGAGGUGCCUAAGGGCAUUCCCGCUGACACCAAACUCUUGGACCUGCAGAACAACCGCAUCACUGAGCUGAAGGAGAACGACUUCAAAGGCCUCAGCAACCUCUACGUAAGAGAGAGAGAGAGAGAGAGAGGAGAGAGAGAGAGAGAGAGAGAGAGAGAGAGAGAGAGAGAGAGAGAGGAGAGAGAAAGAGAGAAAGAGAGGGAGUGUAGAGAUUUAAGAGUGAGAGGGAGAGGGGAAGAGCAUUUAAUUCUAACUGGCCUUUUUUUGGCACAAUUCAAGAGGACAGAUUUCAGUCCCUCAACUCCUACAGAAGCUCUUUGUCUGAGACAGCUUGGUUGACCACUUAAACAAACCACCAGGGAAGGACAACAUUCCUUGUCAGUCACCUUAGGUAACUUAACAGAAAUAAGUGUCAGAUGGAAACCACAGCAGGCAGGCAGACGUGCAGGCAGGCAGGGUGAAAAUGUCUUCAUCCAUAGAGAGGUAACUGUUUUAUUUAAUGUGAGUUUCCUCUCUGGCCGUGUUCAAUAUUGGGCUUGGUCAUCUGUUCUGAGUGGGCGACAGGGAUAAAUGAAGGCUUUCCGGGAGCAGAGAGGAGAGGAUGUGAACUAGAAUAUUCCCUUUAGCUCCAGGCAGAGGCUGGCCACACUCUGGAGUAAGAGAGAGGGGUGGUGGGAGAGAGAAAGACACUGACUGGACAUAACUAGGGCACUUAGGAGAGAGAAGGGGGGCAAAGAAAGCUUGCUUAUUUACUCACACCCCUCUCUCCCUCGCUCUCUCAUUCUCUGUCUCUUUCCAUCCCUCAGGCCCUGUCCCUGGUGAAUAAUAAGAUCAGUAAGGUCCACCCCAAGGCCUUUGUUCCUCUGAAACACAUGCAGAAGCUGUACUUCUCCAGAAACCUCCUGACUGGCGUCCCCAAGAAUCUGCCCCCCUCUCUGGUGGAGCUGAGGAUCCACGAGAACCGCAUAAAGAAGGUCCAUGAGGGGGCCUUCUCUGGACUGGGCAGCAUGAACUGCAUAGGUCAGAGUUCAUUAAAGAUUAUGGUGCCAUUCAAUGCUUCAGUAUUACCUCAGCAUAUUCAAUAUGCUGGAAUUCAAUCAAAUUCGCCACAGCCGUGUUCUAAUGUGUCUUAUGUAUGUUCUUGUAGAGCUGGGAGGGAACCCGAUCCAGAACAGUGGGUUUGAGCCAGGAGCCUUCAAGGGACUGAAACUGAGCUACCUGCGCAUCUCUGAGGCUCAACUCACUGGAGUACCCAAGGGUACGCGGUCCACACAGCAAGUGGUUUACUCAGAAGUGAUGAUAACUUCUUGAAUACAGUGCCUGUAGCUCUUAAAGACCAGAGUUGGAGACCACUUAUGUACAGUGUACAUUAUUCUGAUGGACCGUAUUGUAAGCAGAAGUUGGUAGAGAUGUUUUGAUGUUGUAGCAGUAGGUUAGUUAAGAGGUGGGUGUUCUGUCUCCUCCAGAAAGUUAGUUAAGAGGCGUGUGUUCUGUCUCCUCCAGAAAGUUAGUUAAGAGGCAUGUGUUCUGUCUCCUCCAGAAAGUUAGUUAAGAGGUGGGUGUUCUGUCUCCUCCAGAAGGUUAGUUAAGAGGCGGGUGUUCUAUCUCCUCCAGAAGGUUAGUUAAGAGGCGUGUGUUCUGUCUCCUCCAGAAGGUUAGUUAAGAGGCGUGUGUUCUGUCUCCUCCAGAAGGUUAGUUAAGAGGCGUGUGUUCUGUCUCCUCCAGAAGGUUAGUUAAGAGGCAUGUGUUCUGUCUCCUCCAGAGGGUUAGUUAAGAGGCGUGUGUUCUGUCUCCUCCAGAAGGUUAGUUAAGAGGCGGGUGUUCUGUCUCCUCCAGAAGGUUAGUUAAGAGACAUGUGUUCUGUCUCCUCCAGAAGGUUAGUUAAGAGGUGGGUGUUCUGUCUCCUCCAGAAGGUUAGUUAAGAGGCAUGUGUUCUGUCUCCUCCAGACCUGCCAGACAGUCUCCAUGAGCUCCAUCUGGACCACAACCAGAUACAGGCCAUCGAGCUGGAGGACCUGAGCCGCUACAAACACUUGUACAGGUGCGUAAAAGAGAGAAAUACAAUGGGAUUCACAUGGCAGUGUGCUGCUAUGUUUGCGUAGGCAGAGUUAACUGCAUUAAUUGAGUACUGAGAGCCUCCAGUUCUUAAUGUUUAGGGUUAAGUACCCCACUUCAAUCUAUGUAAUAGCUCUUUGAGACUGAAAUAAAGUCUGCUUGAUUGAAAAAAGAGGCAAGCAGUGAUCAAAUAUUUCUGUAUGGACACGUUGUCUACCCUCCAUUCGGGCUCUUUCUUAGGCAACCAUGCCACCCAGUGGUAACUUCAAGAACUACUGGUAGGUGUUACAGAUAUAAGGAUGAUGACGCUCUGUCUCUCUCUGACUCUCUGGUUGCCAGGUUGGGACUGGGUUUUAACCACAUCCGUAUGAUAGAGAAUGGCAGUCUAGCGUACGUCCCCCGCCUGAGAGAGUUGCACCUGGAGAACAACAGACUCACAGCAAUCCCCAAGGGUCUGCCUGACAUGAAGUACCUACAGGUGAGUGACUGUGUGUGUACGUGUGUCUGUGUCUGCAUGUGUCUGUAUGGGUGUCUGUGUCUGUGUCUGUGUCUGUGUCUGUGUCUGUGUCUGUGUCUGUGUCUGUGUCUGUGUCUGUGUGUGUGUGGUACUGGUAGAGUGGUAGUCAUCAGACAGGUGAAGGGCCUUGAAGCAGCUCUAUUACAACACCAUGUGCUGUCCCCCUCCCACCCUGUAGGUUGUGUACCUCCAUUCCAACAGCAUCAGCCAGGUGGGAGUGGAUGACUUCUGCCCAAGAGGCUUUGGGAUGAAGAGGACGUUCUAUAACGGCAUUAGCCUUUACUCUAACCCAGUCAACUACUGGGAGGUCCAACCCGCUGCCUUCCGCUGUGUCAGUGACCGUCUGGCCAUCCAGUUUGGCAACUACAAGAAAUAAGCACAGGGAGAGAGAUAGAGAGGAUGGAAGGAGAGAGAGAGGAGGAGUGGAGCAAAGAGGAGUGAGAGAAGAGGAGUGGGGAGAGGAAGAGGUUGAGGAGAGAAGGAGACAGAGACCAGAAUUGGGGAAAGGAGAUUAGUCAAAUUGCCCUGACCAAAUUUAAAUCUGUAUACGAGAGAGAACGAGAGAUGGUGAGGACAGAUGAGAGAAGAGAAACCAUAGAGAUCCUGUAUUCUAA